UGACAGAAACAAGACAUCCGUUUUUACAGUGGACAAGUUGAAACGUCAUAGCCUAGGCUACACAGGCUACAUGGCACUUAUGAAUAUAAAUUGGGGAUAAUGGUUAAAUUAGACAGAAAAUGUCAACAAAAAUGCAAAAGGCAAAAUAGAUCAACUAAUUAAUUUUAAAGGAUGAUAUGUGAGCUUAACAAGCACAAUAUUCUUUCUUAAUUUAAUGGUGAAUUAUUAAAAAAAAUCAAAUGAAAAUUAAAGGCUGCUUUUUUGUUCAUCCAAAGGACAUCUCACUUCCGGCUGCAAUCUUUGAUUAGCAGAAGUUUUGUUAUUGCUUAUUUGCAGUUUAGUAUUUUUAUUGCACAGCAGGUGGAGUUUCUAUGUUUCAGCUUUAGAGCUGCUGAGGAAGCUGCUAAUAUCCUCGAAACCAAGUUACAGCACGACCUAUACGCGUUUUUUAAACUUUCAUUUACUCUUGCCUUUGUGGAAAAAUGGGGGAAAAAAAGGUCUACUGUUAGCUAACGUUAGCUUCCGGGCAGUUAGCAUAGUUGACUAACAGAGCUAGCUUAGUCAAUUGUUAACAGAGCUAAGGCUAGCAGGGGAGAAUUCGUACUUCGCUAAAAGAAAUGUGGAAACGGUAACAGGUCACAAACAACUGUUUGAGUGAUACCAGUUCUCUGCAUGCUCAUGACAGGUGUUUGCGGGACAUUUCACUGAGACCAGAAAGAUCCACAGGCUGGUAACAGCGACACCCCCGACAGACCGUGGGAACAUAACAGCUAACGGUGUUGCAGUAGCCGGGCUGUGCCUCAGCAGCAGCACUCUGCAGGCUGCUCUGCUGGCUGCUGAUGGAGUAGGUGGGACAACGCUCCACUCAUGGCCGUGCACAACUGUUUGUGUCUGCAGCACCAGCAUCAGCAGUGUUUGUAAAGGCGCUUUGUGCAUCGCUAAUCCGCUCUGAUGUCACGGUGCAGAAGGAGGGGCUGAGCUCUCCGCUUUAAUCCGCGCAAGUUGUCUGGAGCGACAAGCCGGGCCAAACCGAGCCGAGCCAACCGAGCAGGAACAGGAACAGGGGGCGAUGUGUACUGCAGCAGCCGGACCCGGGCCUCUCCUCCUCUGACAUGCAGGCUGUGCUAUGAGGCCGGUUUUCUUGGGGAUAAGAGGAGCAUGUUCUGAAAAUUGGAGUUGCAUCACACCCCAGCCAUGAGCCACAAGUAUCAGGGAGAGGCAUCCGGGGAAGCAGGCGAGGAGCACAAGGUACCUCCAAGGAGCAGGCAGCCCAAUGGGACGACUCCUGGGGAACCUCCUGUCCGUCGGUCCUGGAGGCCAUGUCAGAUGCUCAACCAGGAUGGGGAACUGAAUCCCCAUCAUCAUCAUCAUCAUCAUCACCCUCCUCACCACCACCACCACCACCACCCAAGUCGCGGACCCCCUCGGCAUCGCCGGCGGCCUCCUUCAGGUCAGGGACAGGGCCAAAGUGAGGCUCAGAGUCCUGGUCAGGUCCCAGGGGUGGCUUCUUCCAGGCCUGACGGGGGUGAGACUCGAGAUGCUGAGUCUCGUCCUAUCCAGCAUCAUCGCCCUGCUGUUGCCCGCUAUCGCCGUCAUGGUGACCCUAACCCCAGGCUCAGAGCUCACCGACGGAGGCAACCAGUGGGGGAGCUGCAGGACUCCUCACCUGGUGCUGAUGAGAAAGAGGGUCCAACAGAGGCUCCGGUACAGCAGCACUCAGCAGUUGACCCUGUGCCGGACCAAUCACAGGACAAGGGAUCUCCUCACCAGACUCCUGUUGCUGUUGUCACCCCCACCCACCUCUCACCUGGUGCUGCAGCCCAUAACAUGCAACGAUACACUCCUCCUACUGAGGCGGAGGAGGACCUCCAGGAGAGUAAAGUGGAAUGUGAAGAUGAACCAGAGGAAACUAAGGGGAAGGAUGAAGAACAAGAACAGGCUGAGGAUGAUGGAGACCACUGCCCAACCACAGGUCGCUCAAACUGCAGCCAUGACAACAUACAGACAGUCGAUGAUGAAGCAGAGGAACAUGCAGAGAGGGUGGAGGAGGAUCGGGAAGAAGCGAUGGAUGACGUAGGGGAGGAGAUUGCAGCUCAGGGAAGUGAAAUCACUGAUCUCUGCUCUGACACAGAGAGCGCCGCCUCGCUCAGCAUGGAUGGACCUCUUCACAGCCCGCCACCACUCCAGUCACCUACUCCUCCUUCGUCCCCUGAUGUUCCACCUUUCCCCCAGCUGGACCACUUCAGUGAGGACACCAGUUUAAGCCCUCUGCCCGACAAUGACCUACUACCUGAAGAAGAUGAAGAAGAAGAAGAAGAAGAUGAGGAUUGCUCAGAAUCGUGUUCGCUGUCUCACUUCACUUCAUCCUCUGAAUCUUAUCCCAAAACCUAUGCAGACUUUUAUUCAGAGUCCCACCAAAAAUCGUAUCCUGAGCCUGUCUACGAGUCGUACUCUGAGCCAAAAUCCCAUCCCAAUUCUUUUCCUGAACCCCUGAAGACUUCCUACCCCGAGUUACACAGAGAACCUCGCAGGCAAUCUGGUUGGAGGACUGAGCCUCAUGAGGCUCAGCAGGAGUCCCACCAAGAGCCCUUUUCCAGCCAUAGACAGGAGAAUGUACAAAAAGGGCCUCCAUCAUCCCCCACCAAGGGCUCCCAUUAUGCCCCAAGGCAGGGCAGAGACCGUGGCUCACAUCACUCUCCUCUGGACCGCUCUGUUGGCUGCCGGCUACACCACUAUGAUGGUAAAUCUGAUGGAGAGGGGGACAGCACUGAUCAAAGUCCAGUUUCCAAAGGUCGAAGACAGGCGCCCAGACAAACAGAAACCCAGGCUAAGAGCCCCUCAUCUGGUCAGAGCAGCUCAGGCGAGGCCCAAGAGGAGCGGAGCGCUGUGGGUCUCCAUGGGGAGGAAGGUUCCAGGGGCUCAGGAGACGCCAUCACCCUGGCGAUUAAGGACAUCAAGGAGGCGAUUGAGGAGGUGAAGACUAAGACAAUACGCUCCCCCUACACACCUGACAAGCCUAUGGGGCCAAUUUGGGUGAUGCGGCAGGAAGUCAGCCCCACAGAAGAUAUAUACCCACUGCAGACUACAGCUGGCCAUUCUUCUCCUCACUCCCCCCCGCAGUCAGUGUUGGAAUCUCCUUCACGUUACGCCCCAGUUCAAGCUCGGGAGCCGGUUAGUCCGCUGAGAGUCGAGUCAGCCAGAGCACAUCAUCCUCAACAUUAUCACCAACAGCAGCCCCAGCACAACCAUCACCACCACCAAGGUAACCAACCACAGCAGAGGGAUGGUGCAAGGCCGCCGCAAACAUACACAAAGCAGCAACCAUAUGCACACAUGCCUCCCAGUCAGCAUCAGCAUCAUCAUCAGCAUCCACAACAGACUCAACAUCAACAGCAGCAUCAACAGCUUCCAGCUCAGCAGCCUCGACCACAAGUUCAGCCACUGUCGUCUCCAACGCAGCCGUCUGUCCAGGAGAUUCGCAGGUCUCUUCCUCAGUUUCCAACAUUUGUGGACGUCCCAGGACCAUGUGACCCCGAAGACCUUAUUGACGGCAUCAUCUUUGCCGCGACCUACUUGGGCUGCACCCACCUGCUGUCAGAAAGGACACCCACGAAGAGCGCCCGCAUGCAGCAGGCACAGGAGGCCAUGAGCAGGGCUGCCCAGAAGCAGGCAAAGAACAGAAAAAAGAGCCCCGACGGGGAGUCUCCGUCCACUGCUGAGGUUGACCUGUUCAUGUCCACGCAGAGGAUCAAAGUCCUCAAUGCAGACACUCAGGAGUCUUUAAUGGACCUGCCACUGAGGACGAUCUCCUACAUUGCCGACAUCGGUAACAUGGUGGUGCUGAUGGCCCGGGGGAAGAUGGUGCGGUCCCGCAGCGCGCAGGAGAACCUGGACCACACGGCCGAGCAGACCACCAUGACCCAAGACGACAGACGGCUGUACAGGAUGAUCUGCCACGUCUUCGAGUCCGAGGACGCCCAGCUGAUAGCUCAGUCCAUUGGUCAGUCGUUCAGCGUCGCCUACCAGGAGUUUCUCAGGGCCAACGGCAUCGACCCAGAGGACCUGAGCCAGCGGGAGUACAGCGACCUGCUCAACACUCAGGACAUGUACAAUGACGACCUCAUCCACUUCUCCAAGUCAGAGAACUGCAGAGACGUUUACAUUGAGAAGCAGAAAGGAGAGAUCUUGGGCGUGGUGAUCGUGGAGUCAGGCUGGGGCUCCAUCCUCCCCACCGUCAUCAUCGCCAGCAUGAUGCACGCCGGUCCGGCGGAGAAGUCCGGUCGGCUCAACAUCGGAGACCAGAUCAUGACCAUAAACGGGACGAGUCUGGUGGGUUUACCGCUCAGCACCUGUCAGAGCAUCAUCAAGGGUCUCAAGUCUCAGUCCAGGAUCAAGAUGAACAUUGUCAGGUGUCCUCCUGUCACCAUGGUGCUCAUCCGCAGGCCGGACCUCAGAUACCAGCUGGGCUUCAGUGUCCAGAAUGGCAUUAUCUGCAGCCUGAUGAGGGGAGGUAUCGCUGAAAGAGGAGGCGUCCGCGUCGGUCACCGCAUCAUCGAGAUAAACAGCCAGAGCGUGGUGGCGACACCUCACGAGAAGAUUGUUCAGAUUCUGUCUAACGCCAUGGGAGAGAUCCACAUGAAGACGAUGCCUGCAGCCAUGUACCGUCUGUUGACAGCACAGGAGCAACCUGUCUACAUCUGAACACACUCCUCUCACUCUGUUCACUUCACUGUCUGUCUUCACUACUGUCCCUCCAUCUUUCAGUUGUUUUGAACACCUUUCUCCUCUCUGUGUCCUGUUUGAUAUCACUUGACUUGCCUUAAUCUGUACAGUACACUGUCAUGUAAACAUGUACAGUAUGACAGCAGAAGACAGAUUAUCUCAUCCGAGUGUUAAUGUGACGUGUUAUGUUCGACCAAAGAGAAGUUGUGGAUUUUAUUGUGUAUAUUUAGGUGGCUAAUAGAGUAAAUAUUAGCUUUGGUUAAAUAGCUGUAAUAUCUGAAUGUACUCGAAUCAUGUUGGACCUAUAAAUUGUCAGGGUGACUGAGAUUAUAAGGAACUUUUAAAUUGAAGUGGUCAAGUUAAAGGGGAAUGCAUGUACUAUUCUGCUGAAUAAACUCUACAGAAAAGGCCCAAA